AUGUCCGAUCACCACUCACCAUGUCAUAUAGGGCCUAAAGUCGUCCACCAAGUCCCUGAUGGAGGCAUUGUCCCCUCACCUACCGCGCCCUCACAACUACCCCUCCUGACCUUCUCCGAUGUCUCGUUCUUCGUGAUCCCUCGCCAGGAGCUCUGUGGAAACCUACUCCAAGUCUGUACCAAUGGGUACCGCAUUCUGGGCUACCCAAUCUGCAUGAAGUCUGCGCGCUAUGAUCGCAACGAAUUCAUCUUCAAUUUCUGUAUCGUGCUCGCAGAGGAGGACGAUUUCAGCACGUACAAGAGUGUGGUGCAGAAGAUCGCAGACCUGAUGCAUGGCUUGGAGGAGCAGAAUGGCUUCCUAUCUCGCGAUUUCUCGAAGAGUGGCGAGGGGAAGAUCUACAGUCUUUGUGAGAUGUUGAUGGAGGACUUGAAUAACUACUGCGAGUGCAUGAUUCCCAUCGACGACUUGAAUACUCUGAACAUCAAGCUGUUCCCCAUAUACCCCUCUCCCCCGCCAGUCAAGGCCUGGCAGGUCCCUCUCUUCAUGUUACGAUACCAGGCCUUCACCGAUGAGAAUUGGGACUUGACCAUGCAGAGAAUCGUACCGCAUAUCAACGGCGUCAACAGCGUACGUCUCAUCUCUAUUCUAGCCGACACAGACUUCUCCCUCACCUGUCGCGCACUCCGCCAUCUCCUCUACUACAGCUGUCUAUUCCUCCUCGACAUAUUCUCCUUCUCAGCAAUAUACGCCCCAACCGCCCAAUUCAGCACAACCAUAGCCUCCGACGAAGCGAUGCAGCUAGAAUGCGCACGCUACGUCAACCUCCGCUUCGCACCCCACCCCCCAAUGGGCCCAUCCAUCCCUCUAGCCCAAGGCACAAGCGCAAACGGCAGCACAACCAAUACCGCCCUCUCCACAUCCCUCACAGACCCAAGUCUCACCCAAGAAGCCCGCUUCGACGCCGAAGAAAUCUGGCCCUUACUAGGCGAAGAAACCACCCCAACGCCUGAUACAUCGACAUUCCAUAAACCGGCCGUUGUCGACGGCGCCGCACUAGUCGAGCUUUACGCAGGCCUCAAGCAAGGCCAGAGCGUUAAGCAAUGGUACGCGCAGCAUAGUCGCUCUUUGGAAAAUAUCGAUAUCAGACGCUUUAUCACAUUCGGCGUCAUUAAGGGCUUCUUGUACCGCGUUCACAAAUACGCUUGUGCAACGGGCCAGCCGGCCCCACCUCCGCGCUCUUCCUCGUUCACGCCGACGGGUCAUUCGUCGCGUGUUACUACUGGGACGAAUACGCCGUAUGCUGUUUCGAGUGUUGGGGAAGAUGGUGGGAAGCGCGAGGGGAGUCGGGAGAGGGCUGGGUCGUUGAUGAGUGGGAGGGGUGCUGGGAGUGGGACGCCUUCGGCGUUUUGGGAGGAUGAGGAAGAGGAGAUUGUUAGUGAUGAGGUUUUGGGGAAGUAUCUUGAUGGUACGCAUUGUUUUGAUCAGAUUUGUACGGAGCUGGAGAUGAGUGAGAGGGAGUUGACGGCUAGGCUGAAGAGGUAUCCUGGUGAAGUGUUGAUUUUGCAUCGAUGA